AUGGCACUAAUCACAGCAGCUGCUGCUGCAGGAGUCGCGGCGGCGGGCAUGUAUUUAGAUGCGAAGCAUGGCAUUCGAAAAGACCUCAGAUCACUGCGUCAAGCCAGAGCACUCACGAAUCUAUAUAUUGAAGCAGUUAAAAAUAACCGCCUAUCCCUCUACUACUUUUUCGAGGACUCCGUCCGCCGGCAGAACCCUCAAGAAGAAGCCAUCUGGUCCCGCGAAGGCUGCUAUACCUGGUCGCAGACCUCGGCGCGAGUAAACCAAUAUGCGCGCUGGUUCCUUGCACAGGGCGUCAAGCCUCGUGAAUAUGUCGCUUUCUAUCUGACGAACUCCCCGGAUUUCAUGCUUGCGUGGCUGGGUCUCGCGGCGAUUGGGGCGGCUCCUGCAAUGAUUAAUUAUAAUCUUUCGGGGAAGGCGUUGAUUCAUUGUUUGAAGCUAAGCGGGGCGAGAGUUAUCCUACUGGGGAGUGAAGAUGCGUUGAGGGGGAGGGUUGAAGAGGUGAGGCAAGGGGUCGAGGUGGAGCUGGGGAUGAGAAUUGUGGGUGUUGAUGAGGAGUUUAAGGGGGAGGUGGGAACUCAGAGUGAUGAGAGAGUUGAGGAUGUGUACAGAAAGGGCGUGAAGGGGGAUUGGCCUAUGGCUAUGUUUUAUACCAGCGGCACCACCGGCAUGCCAAAGGGCGUUCCUUUCAAUACUGACCGGGAGUUUAUGGCUGCUGCAUCGCAUAAACUAGGCUAUAGCUUCAUCCAAAAUCACGAUCGCUGGUUCGAUUGUAUGCCCCUCUACCACGGCACCGGCGGCGUCUCAUCAAUCACCAAUCUCAUAUCGGGCGUCCCGCUCUGCAUCGGGAAGAAAUUCAGCACCUCGCAAUUCUGGCGGGACAUCCACGAUUCCCGCGCAACAUGGUUUGUCUACGUGGGCGAAACCGCCAGGUAUCUACUCGCAGCACCGUCCUCAUCCUUCGAUAGAGAUCAUAAUGUCCGCGGGAUGUACGGCAAUGGCCUACGCCCUGAUGUAUGGCUUAAAUUCCGCGAGCGCUUUAACGUCCCUGAGACGGCCGAGUUCUUCUCCUCGUCGGAAGGCGUGUUCAAUCUUCUGAACUACUGCCGGGGUGAUUACCUCGCUACAUGCGUGGGACACCACGGAACCAUCAUGAGACGCAUACACAAGGACCUCUACGUACCCGUUCUCAUAGACGACGCGUCCGGCGCCAUCAAACGGGACCCCAAGACAGGCUAUGCAUACAGACAGCCGUACGACAAGGGCGGCGAGAUCAUCGUACAAGUCCCAGACACCAAAGCCUUCGCAGGGUAUUACAACAACUCCGAAGCAACUGGGAAGAAAUUCGAGAGGGAUGUAUUUCGGAAAGGCGAUCUGUGGUAUAGAAGCGGUGAUGCGCUGAGGCGCACAGACGAUGGGAGAUGGUUCUUCCUCGAUCGACUCGGCGAUACGUUUAGGUGGAAGGGCGAAAAUGUCAGCACCGCUGAGGUUGCGGAGGUGCUAGGGAGUUAUCCGGGAGUUGUCGAGGCUAAUGUCUACGGUGUGGCGCUUCCGGCUCAUGAUGGGAGAGCGGGUUGUGCGGCAGUUUAUAUCGAUCCGAGUAUGAAGUCCAGCUUUGAUUUCGCUGGGCUGCUUAAACACUCGCGAGCACACCUCCCCAAAUACGCCGUACCCCUAUUCAUACGUAUCGUUAAGGAAAUGACGCCUAUCCACAACAACAAGCAGAACAAAGUCCCGCUCCGUGAAGCAGGCGUUGAUCCGGAGAAGCUCCAGUCCGGGGAUAAGAUGUUGUGGGUUGACGGGAAGGGGGCCGGACAUACGUAUGUGGAUUUCCAUCCCGAUCACUGGGAGGAUUUGAAGUUGGGGAAGGCAAUGCUAUAG